AAUCAGUUUCAGCGGUAGAAGUUUUGUGCUUGCGAGUGUUUACGAUUCCCAUCUAUCUCUUGGUGAAGGCGUCUACUUGUCAAUUCUUCGAGAUCGAGGCCAUAUCUUCUUCCAAAAGGAGGAAUUGGUGGGUGGAUGGCUGUAAAGCAUAUUAAUUGGAGCAUUAACUAACUCAAUCGAAGACCCGACAGAGCAACGCCGGUCCUCCGCAAUCAUCAUGGAUUCCACUCUUCUCCGCGGCUUUCGUUUCCAACCACCACCAGUUGACGUUGCUAGGGCUUUGACUUGUAAUAUUCUAUCUCGGACUCUCGAUCGGGAAGUUUCGUUAUCGGAGUGAACACGUUCGCCUCCUGGAAGUCAAAAAAGUCGGCUCCUUGGACUCGCUGUAGUUCAACUGGGUUUCUUCGAUUUAUUCUGCAUCUGUAGAUCAUCUGGUGGAGGAAAGGUGCGGCUUUGUUCCGGCUUUCGCCGGUUUCUUCUGCUUCCCUGAUCCUUGUUCGUCCUGCAAAUUAAGUUUUAGGGUGAGUAGAAAAGGAAUUUUUUGUUUUUUGCUCGAUUGCUGAGCUUGGGGAAAUAUCGGAAACUAUGGAUGUUACUAGCUGGCAGGAGAUGCUACGGAGUAUGUUGCCUCCAGGGACUCCCAUCCCAGAGGCGCCAGACAACCUCGAUUACUCCAUUGCCAUCGAGUAUGACGGCCCUCCUGUGACUUAUGAGCUUCCGAGGGUUGAGCCUGUCGAUGUGAUCCCUACAGCUGAGCCUGUUCUUGAAUCUCAUAUGUCCGGGAACGGCACAAUUGCCCCAGUAGUUGAUCAAAUUCCGUUGCCGGUUUCUCUGGUCGCUCGAUGUGCUGACUCUCCACCCCGAAGUCUACGGGCCUCUGGGAGCUCUGAGUCUGUUGAUUCUGUCUUGCAGAAUGAAGAGUUCACUGAUGCAUCCCAUUCGGCUUCUCCAGUUUCUGCACAUAGCAUGCCAAAUGGGCAGCCUAGGCAACAGGUUAACGAGGGGAGGAGGACAUCAGUAGUUACUUUCAAGGAAAAAUCAGAAAGUAAAGAGUUAUUCGAAGAUAUAUCAGGUUCUCCUCAGUUCCUUGGUGUUACCAGCAAGGAGAAGAAAAAAAGAGUGUGUUGUAGAUGUGGGAAGAGAAAGUGGGAGCGCAAAGAAGUGUGUAUUGUUUGUGAUGCCAGGUAUUGCAGCUACUGUGUGCUCAGAGCCAUGGGAUCUAUGCCGGAAGGGCGGAAGUGUGUUAGUUGCAUUGGACAGCCUAUUGACGAGUCCAAUCGUUCAAAACUUGGUAAGAGUUCAAGGACAUUAGCUCGUCUUCUUAGUCCACUGGAAGUUAGGCAAAUAUUGAAAGCGGAGAAGGAAUGCCAUGCAAAUCAACUCCGCCCGGAACAGCUCAUUGUGAAUGGAUUUCCACUAAGGCAAGAGGAGAUGGCAGAAUUAUUUAGCUGCACAAUGCCUCCUCAAAAGUUGAAGCCUGGAAGGUAUUGGUAUGACAAAGAAUCCGGCCUCUGGGGAAAGGAAGGAGAGAAACCUGAUAGAAUUAUUAGUUCUAACUUGAAUUUCACCGGCAAGCUUCAGACUGAUGCUAGCAAGGGAAAUACUGAAGUUUACAUUAAUGGAAGACAAAUAACAAGAAUUGAACUAAGGGUGCUUAAGCUUGCUAAAGUUCAAUGUCCACGUGAUACACAUUUCUGGGUGUACGAUGACGGUCGUUAUGAGGAGGAAGGUCAAAAUAAUAUCAGGGGGAAAAUCUGGGAAUCGGCAUUAACAAGAUUUGCAUGUUCAUUAUUCUCUUUACCUGUACCACAUUCAGUUCCUAGUGGCCCUAAAAGUGAGGCAUCCCACUUAACCAGACUCUUGCCUGGUUAUCUUGAACAGAGAGUCCAAAAAUUUUUGCUCCUUGGACCCCAGGGAUCAGGAACUGGCACUAUUUUUAAACAGGCUAAGCUUAUGUAUGGAAAUAACUUUUCUCAAGAAGAAUUGGAAAACAUGAAAUUGAUGGUACAAAGCAAUAUGUACAAGUAUCUAAGUAUUUUACUGGAAGGCCGAGAACGCUUUGAGGAGGAGGCUUUGACUAAGAUGGAACAGAGAGUAUCUGAUGAAGGACAUUCUUAUGAAGGUCAAGAAGAAAGUGAAGCUAGUAGGCCAAAUCAAUGUAUUUACUCUAUCAACGGAAGAUUAAAGCAGUUUUCUGAUUGGCUUUUGGACAUAGUAGCCAUGGGGGACUUGGAUGCUUUUUUCCCUGCUGCAACGCGUGAAUAUGCUCCAUUGGUUGAAGAGAUGUGGAGAGAGCCUGCUAUACAAGAAACAUAUAAGAGAAGAAAUGAACUCCACUUUCUUCCAGAUGUUGCCAAAUACUUCUUGAAUAAGGCUGUUGAGAUAUCAAGCAAUGAGUAUGAGCCUUCAGAGAAGGAUAUAUUGUAUGCGGAAGGAGUAACUCAAGGGAAUGGGUUAGCCUUUAUCGAGUUCUCACUUGAUGACCACAGUCCAAUGUCAGAACUCUACAACGACAAUCUUGAAGCCCACUCCCAAUCACUUCCUAAGUACCAAUUGAUUCGAGUAAGCUCAAAGGGCAUGAAUUACGGCUGUAAAUGGGUUGAAAUGUUUGAGGAUGUCCGCCUAGUAAUCUUCUGUGUGGCACUCAGUGACUAUGACCAGUUAACAUCUCCUGUCACUGGUAGUAAUAAACCUUUGCAGAAUAAAAUGAUGCAAAGCAAGGAGUUGUUUGAGGCCACAGUCAGGCACGUGUGCUUCCACAAUACCCCAUUCGUCCUCGUGCUCAACAAGUAUGACUUGUUCGAGGAGAAGAUAAACCGCGUGCCCCUGUCUUCCUGCGAGUGGUUCAGUGGGUUCUCCCCGUUGAGGACCAACCAGAGCAACCAGAAUCUAGCACAGCAGGCUUACUAUUACAUCGCCAUCCAGUUUAAGGAUCUCUACUCCACCCUCACCGAUCAGAAACUGUUUGUUUGGCAAACACGAGCACGAGACCGCCCUUCAGUGGAUGAAGCCUUCAAGUACAUGCGAGAAGUGCUUAAGUGGGCCGAUGAGAAGGAUGAGAAUAUUAUCUGCAUGGAAGAUUCCUUCUAUAGCACCACAGAGUUGAGCGCACCAAUUAUCCAGCAGGAAUGAUCGACUCGAUCUCCCUCUCUCCCUCUCUCGGCUCAAAUUUUUGUGUGCAUAGUAUCUUUGUAUCUGAUGUAUAAUCUAACUCCAGAUUCUCUGGCUUACAAUCCAAGUUCUGAUGAUUAAGAAUGUGAUUGCUUGCUCUGCCCUUCUGUAUAAUGGAAAUCAAGUUUCAUGGCGAACUUGAAUUCUCAUAAAAUUGUCCUCAUAAAAUUUAGAGAAGUUAGGAAGAUACUACACCAUGAAAAUUUAAGGCCAAAUUUGUAUGAUUACGACUUUGUAUGUACAGUGACAAAAUCUCUAUUGUUGGUGUCCUAUUGUCUUUGUUAAUCAUAUAGCCAUCUGUUAACUAAUUUGUGCCGCA